CCGAGCCCUACCUUGAAUUCGUGUUAUUACACACUAGUGUGUGUAUAUUUGCUGUGGCCCAUCUCGUGACGUUCUUUGGCCGCCACGGGACUGACUCUCCAUUGCGAGUUGUUUACCAGCGCCACAAGGUUCUUUCCCUUCAUCUUUUACUUUGUCAUUCACCUCUUGCCGCAGGUACGGAAUUCGUAAAUGACGUUAGGUAACAACGCUCCUGGUGCUCCUCAUCUCCCUCCCGAAAUCCAUGACCAGAUCAUGGACUGUCUCUGUGAAGACAGACCAACUCUAAAGGUCUGCACGCUAGUGUGUCGACAAUGGCUCAACCGAAGUCGGUUUCUCUUAUGCUCCGCCAAGACAAUCCUCGACACAAGGCGAACUGUCACUGUGCUGAAAGGUCUUCUAGGUCAAACAUUCCAGCUCCCAUUACAAGACGUCACGUUGCGGUUUGUUAAUAUGAAGAUGAAACACCUCGUUCUUCUUCUUCGUGGCCUUCGACACCUUCGGUGCCUUAACCUUACACCUGUCAGGAUUCUGGACCCGACGGCAUGGUUGGUUUACAAGAGGAAGUUCUCACUCAAGAGCUUAACUAUCAGACUCGACCAAGCAUCACUCUCAGAUUACAACCACGCACUGGUGAACAUCCUUAACCUCUUUUCAGAAGUCGAAACCCUAGACUGUAAACCUGCGUUAAAAUCCAAUGGCAAGACACCUAUGAUGGGAUACGUGAUCGAAUCGCGACAUAUCGCAGCUCGACAAGACGAGUUGGCCUCCCUGGCCCCGGAGGUGCUCCAGGAUAUCAAGAUACAGUCCCUCAAAGUUUCAUCUUAUUACUCGGGGUUUCUCUUCGUUUUACAGAAUACAAUCGCGGCGCAUUCACUGACCUUUCUGAGAGCUACCGUAUCGCGGUGGGCUCAUCUGGAAUCCCUGGGGUUUCUUAUUCGGGCAUGCGGAGGGCAGCUCGAACAUCUUCGGGUGUCUUCAGUGGCAUUGUUUCAAGACCCCAUUCCUUUCGCAGGAACCGAGCAGAAGCCUUGGCAACUACUUAACCUAUCUGCGUGCCAAAACCUGAAAACAUUCGUUUACCAGGCUCCGCUGAUCUCCCCGCUCUCCGAGGACCUUACCAUACCGAAUAGCCCAGGACAUACCGAAUGCGAGUCGUUGAUUCGAGUGCUCGAAGGUAUUCCUACCACUGUAGAGAUCGUCGCUCUCAGGAUAUGUGUAACACAUGCGAUGGAGCAGAACCCAUUGGAGGUCUCCAUGGAUUGGUCUCGGCUGCAAAAGGCACUCCUCCGGCUGGACCGGAUCGUACUUCCCAACUUUGUGGAGAUUUAUCUCGGAGAAAUUGUGCAGGGGAUACACGGUUUUGACUUUGUUUCUCUGUUCGAGGAGAAGCUGCCACUACUGGUAGAGAGGAAUAUGUUAUUCCUUCGACAUGUGAGACAUGAUUGUCGAGAUCCACUUCCCCAGGAAGAAGAAUGAUUGGCUUUAUUUAGUCCAUUUCUUGCUUCGUUUGCUAAGUUAGGACGCAGCUUAGUGUAGGUCGGCUUAAUACAAUCCCUUCCAAAGU